GCAGUUGCGAGAUUGCAGUUCGGCAGACCAGCAUUGCAGCAGGCACUGAGCCGGAUGAAGACGGUCAAGGUGUUUGCUCGGGCUGACGGACAGCAGAUGGUUCAGCUGCGACCAGCUGCUGAGGUCCUUGGCAAGGAAGGCGCCGGCAGAGCUUCAUCAGCACAGGAGACCAAGGAAUCGGAGAAGUCAAAGUCAGACAAGCUUGCAGCCAAAGCUCAGCUUCCCUGCAUCAACUUGACAGCGGCUGGUGUGACGCGAGAUCCGACAGGUUUGGCCUUGAGCCGAUCCGGGCACGUUCACGGCCCGGCCAGUCAGCGAGAGGCCGAAAUGGAGGGGCCACGGAGGGACUACUUCUUCAGCACCACCGACGAGCCCCAUGUGACCAGAAGGGCGGAGAUUCUGAAGCAGCAUCCUGAGAUCAAAAGUCUGAUGGGGCCCGAGUGGCGAACGAAGUAUAUUGUGGCAGCAACCGCCAAGCCUCCGUCACAGCUCACUCGUCAAGCAGGAUCCGAAGAGAUCGCAGUGGCCACGGACAGCGCGACUUCACCGCUGCUGGCUCCACUCAAAGUUGCAAGUCUUGGCAUGGGCCUGCUGAAGCCCAUUUUCGCCGCUGAAGCUAAACUUCAGGCUCUGGGCUAUGACGAGGAAGAGAUCCGAGCCAAGAUCUCGGAGGAUGUGAAGUCUGCCCCGGUCGUGGUCUACACCUACGGCCUCUCACCCUUCUGCACAGAAGCAACUAAGCUCCUGGAUUCACUGGGGGCUCAGUACAAAGAAAUCCAACUGGCACCCGAAUGGUUCCUCAUGCUGGGAGAGAGUGCAGCCAAACGUGCAGAGCUGGGUGCCAUGUAUGGAAGAACGAGCAUGCCACACAUCUUCAUCGGCGGCGAGAGUAUUGGCGGCCUGAUGGAAGGACCUGGGCUGGUUCCACUUUACGAGUCGGGUGAGCUCACGGCCAAGUUGCAAGCUGCUGGUGCUCUUCCGAGCGAGGAUGCAAUUUCGUCGUUCUUUGGAUCUCUCCGAUGA